AUGGCUCUUACAAUUGAAGUUGUGAUAAUAAUAUUAAAGGCAAGAGAUGACGAAGAUCAAGCUGAAAGCCAGCAACCAGCAGGAACGGAAGACGAAACUGAAGAUUUAUUAUUAGACGACGAUGGGAAAUUAACGCGCCCACUUAAAGCCAGAUAUGUACCAUUUAAAGAAAGACUAGAAAAAGAAAAUCAAAUAUACUAUAUACCCAGUGUUAAUGGUGUUGAUUUCAGUCAAAAAACUGAAGAUACCAAAGCAGAGCCUCGUCUUUUAGAAGACGAGGGAUUUUAUGUUGGUGAUCAACCUGCCGUGACAACACGCAAUAUCAGGUUUAUUGAAGAACGUAUAUCAAAACAAGCCAAUAAGGGAACGAAAUGGUUUGAUCAAGGUGGAAGAUUGAAAUAUUUAGCGGAUCCGUUAAAGCAAAAAGUAACUCGUCCUGUAAUAGCUCUCUUUAAAGAUGAUGAAGAAUCUAGCUUAAAAUUAGAUUAUCACUUAUUAACACUUUUGCAGCCCAUUGUGACUUCACAAGAUAGCUAUGUAAAAUCAAACGCUAAAGAAUCUCAAGAUUAUCAGCUAGAUAUUAAUCUAUCGUCGCUUACCUUUACACAUCAUCCAUUAAUGAGUCAUGAACACGUUUUUCACUUUCGAAUUCUUCGGCAAUAUUACGAAUACUGUCAGCGUAAAAAAGGCAACACAGCAAAUUAUUAUACUGGUAAAUUACAAGCUUUAAAGGAAGCUAUUUUUAAUCUACAGCAUGUAAUCAAAAGCCAUCAUAGUGAAGAUAUAAUCGCUAUACAAGCUACCGAUCGAUUGAAAGAUUAUAAGUUUGAAGUUAGUAACGUAAGACGAAUGCGAGACAGCGAAGAUUACAAAGAUCGAUCCUUAAUUAAAAGCAUGAUAACAACAUGGAACGAACUAAAACAGUUACGUGAGAAACAGGGAUAUGCUAAUACUUCAACUAAAUUAAUUAUGCAUAAAAAAAUAGUUGAUAAAAAGGAAGAUGCAGUAAAAUGGGAUAAAGAAAUUAAAGAUGAGUUAGAAGAGGCGAGGGAAUUUUUCGACGAAGAAUAUCAAGAAAAAUUAGCGAAUUAUAAAAAAGAAUUAAAAGAAUGGAAAAGAAAGAAUAAAGGCAAGAAACGAAGAAAAAAACGUAAACAACGACAGCAACAAGAUGAAGAAAAUCCAGCAGAAGAUGAAGUAGUAGGAACCGACUUAUUCAAGCCUGUACCGCCUGAUAAUUUUAAUGAGCAGCAAGCCCUGAUUGAAAUUAAAGAAAAUGCAAUUAAGUGUCGCAGGCGUCCUGGUGAAGCGAUAUUAUUUCCUGAACUUGUUAAUACCGUGCCUAUAUCGCCAACCUCUAAAUGUCCAAAAGCCGAAGCUCAAAGACGUCGCGAGGUGCAAGAAUGGCAUGCCUACAUCCGUAUUUUGUUCAAUGAUAAUGAGGUGCAUAGAAGUGCAACGAAAGCUUUAACUGGUGAUUUUAACAUCCAUUUUGGUGAAAUAUGUAAAGCUAAAAUCAUACAGUGGCCGGAAAACAUCAAACUUGAGCUAUAUGAAGCAGGUAUAAUUAGUAGUAGAUUAAUUGCUCAAGUAUUUAUACCGCCACCAAAUUCGAUGUCUCACGCUGGAUUAAAUCCAGAGCCGGAGGCAUUCCAAUUUAGUAGUGACUUGAAGAUUUCAUACAAUCAUACUGGUGUUGGCGCGGGUGUGUCCGUGACCGCAACAGGAUCAGAACAUCCAAUGACUUUAUUAAUGUCGGGUGACAUUUACUCUAAUGUGGUUUGGUCUGUCGACGAGAAUGGCUGCCCAAUGAUGCCAGCAAUUCCUUCUGUUUCCAAAGAAAAGCAAGCUAUGCAACGUGUUGAUGCUGUUGCAGCUAUUGGCGCCAGAGGCAUUAUUGACAUUCAAAAGUUAAUGGAUUGGAUAGUUCAAUCACGUCUGGAUCCCAAUGACCCUGCCAAUGAUUCCUUGCUCGACAUUUUGAGGGCAUGCGGUGUUAGCCCAGACGGCAAAGUUUAUUUACCAGAUUAUUUCCGGCUUAAUUCUUUAAGUCAUGAAAGUGAUUUGGGUACAGAAGAAGAUAUUGACAAGAGUAAACGAUUUAAAAUAUUAAAGCUAAGAAGUCAGGAGGCAUCAGAAUUUCGUAACUUAAAGCAAGUGCCAAUUAGGGAUAUUGAUAUUCCUGACGAUAUUCUCAGGGAUUAUUACAAGCGUUUAGAAGAAGAUGAGAAGGUAGAUUUGACUGCUUUAUCACAUCGAGAGAGAGUCAAUCGUUUUCUGUCUAAAGUACGCGAAGAAGUUUUACAGCGAUCUCGAAUCGCUCAGCGACAAUAUCAGUUAUCCGACGUUGUUCGAGAAGAUUUCUUACCGGAUAUUGGAACACUCGGGGCAAGUGUUGGUCAGUUGCUUAAGCCUCGUAGACCCCUUCGUCCUGUCCGUAAAGAGAGAAAGAAAAUAGCUGCGCAACAUUUGGGAAUGAUGAAUGUCAAGAUUCUUGUUAACGUGGUACGAGCCUUCGAUAUACCGAUUAGGAAAAACCAUCCUAGGUACACAGAAGAUAUGCUUUACGUAAAUGAGAUAAUGACUAUAUCGGAUGAUCAGACUCAAAGUACUAUGCGGCAUGAUAAUACAACUGAUAUAAGAGGAAUCAGAAAUUUAGAUGCAGAAGAAUUACAAACAGAGGUUCAAGUUAGGCCUUUUGUAGAGGUUAUGUUUCAACGAAAUAUUCGCAGAACAGAAGUUGCUGAUGGCCCCAAUCCAGCAUGGAAUCAACAGAUUGUUAUGCCAUUUAGAGCUCCACACGAUGACUACUCGUCCAAUAAUUUAAUGACCGUAAACGACGAUAUUUACUUCAAUCUAUUCGAUGAAGAAGUGAUAGAUAUGCUCUCAGACGAUCGCGAAAGAGGUACCAAUAUUCAUCGUCGUAAGGAACGACAUUGGCUCGGUAGUAUCAGGAUUCCAUUUUCUACACUAUAUACUAACUCUCGGAUCGAGGGAUCUUUUCGAAUUAAUUCACCAACUGUCCUGCUGGGAUAUAGUCACGCUAAAAGUGCACAAGUUGAAAGUGGCCAGGCUUUAUUGGACGUUGGAAAAGGCUCACGUAGUCAAACUUACCUUAGUAUGUUCGUUACUAUCGAACCUCCACUAGCACCACCACCAUCCAUCAAAGAAAAGGUAUCGCUUUUCGAUAGUAAAGAAGAUAUAAAGUUGUUAAAGUAUUCGCAAACUUGGUUAAACGAAUUCGAAUCCAAAUUUUCCAAUCGAGAAAUUAAUAUUUUAGUAACCGAUAUCAAUGGCAUGUCAGUCUUUGUAACUCGCUAUAUCACACCGCAAAAUCCUCCGGUAGAAGUUUAUCAAGAAGGCGUAGAACCAACUCUUGAGAAUUCGGAAACGGUCGCUCGAUUUGUCUCCCUUAUCCCUUUCAUAUCCGACUCCGUUUCAUUUGCUGGCCUUUGUGAUAUCUGGAGCACAUCCAGUCAAUUUUUGCAAAUGUUAGCCGGAGAUGAAGAAGAACAUGCUGUAUUACUAUGCAAUUAUUUUCUGUAUAUGGGUAAGAAAGCUUGGAUAGCUCUAGGGAUGGGAAUUCCUGAAGGUUCGACGGCAUACGUUGUUUCUGAAGAAGCAAAUGGCGAUUUUAUGUUUUGGAAUGCUAGUACUGGUGACCAUUUUCGUCAACAUGACGCGCAUUGCCCAUUACAGAGUAUUGGAUGUUUAAUUGGUCGAGAUAAUGUUUAUGCCAAUAUUCAAAGUAAUGAUAUCCCGUCAAGAAUGAGCAUGGAUACUACAAAUACAAAACUAUGGAAACCAUUCUUUAAUAGCUCUUUUCCAUAUCCCGGCUUGAGUAGUGUACAAGAAGAAACAUUGGUAUAUCAUGCUACCGAUUCCAAUUAUGUUGGAGAACUCGAGGAAAGGAUUGAACUAGUUUUGAAAGAGAGCAUUAUGUCCUGGAGGAGACGUUUUGUAACGAGAUGGAACAGGUAUGAUUAUAAGCUGAGGCUGUAUUUCGAACUUCUUGAAGAAUCAAGAAGAAAUGCCUCAGAGGAACGACACUUAAACGAACUUAGCCAUAUCCUAGAUAGCUAUAAGCUAUCCGGUUUUCCCAUCCAUAUGCCUUAUACUGACAUAGAACCAGUCAUUGACGCGGUUUAUAGUACGGGAGUGCAUACUGUUGAAUCGCCUGAUGUCGAAUUUGCUUUAGCUACUCAUAUCCAUGCUUAUCCAAAUUCCGUAUUGUCGUUAUGGAUAUAUGUUGGCACAGUCACAAAAAUCAGUUCAGCAUAA